GAUGCUGCAUCGAAAUUUGUUGGUUACGUAGCCCGACUCAAAAUUUACACUCAGAUGGCACCAGCGCCCGGAUUAUUAUCGUUUUUAAUGACCUUUUUGGUACGUGCAGUUGCAUUUCGUGCUACACGUGUACACUGCUCACGUGAAUGCACAAACUAGCGCGAAGGUUAGUGAACAAUAUAAAAGGUAUUACGAGUUAGCUCACUUAGUAGCCAUAAUUUGCGCUAUGGAGUUUGCAUGAGAGAAGACAAAAAUGUAUCAAUUCCUGUACAUCGUCGUGUUCGUCUUAGCUUUCACAAUCGUGAAUCGAGCAGAAGCUGAAAAACUAAAAAUAAAUCAGAAAAAUAAGAGAACUCAAAAUCUGGAACCUCAGAUAAAACUGAUAAGUUACAAGAUUCAUAGCUUAAACGAAAAAUAUGCGACCAUACAUUCCUAUGCAAUCAAGAAAGAGAACGCUACGUAUAACAAACUCCAAAAAAUAAUGACUAUAAAUCGGGAUUUUCCGCCCGUUAUAAUUGACGUUAAGGUGUACGCUACGGAUAAAAAUUACGAAAAUCCGAAACUUCUGCUACAUUUGGAUGUUCCUCCUUGCUCAGAAAGUCGUUAUCGUGAAUUUUUGCCUAAGGCUCUGGUAGUACCUAAAUCCAUGUUACAAAGCAAUUGUUUAAAGAAAGGAGACUUAAAUACCGAUGACCUUGGGAUAUUCAGAUUUGAUGCAUUGAUACCUAAAAUUCACGAGAUCAGUGACUACUACAAAGUUGAUUAUAAUAUGACUACGGUUGAUGAUCCUAAGGAAAUUAUAACUGAAGAGACCUUGCUUACCGAAUGGGGAUAUUUGCAUACUCAAUAAAAAAAAAACCAUAUAGACUUCGUCGUAUGUUAUACGUAAAAAGAUCAAUCAAGAAUAUUGAAUAAACAGUAAUUUAUGAGCAAA